UAAUAUUCGCCAUUCGCCCAGGCCUCAGUCGAGGACAACAGCAGCGGGAGCAAUAACAAACAAGGACAACAACCAGCACUCUGGCCGUUGGCGAUGGCCGAGUCGCAGCCAAAUCCCGCACAGCAUCUGCAGCGGCAAAGACCCCAGCUCCAACUCCAACACCAACUCCGACUCCAUCAUGGCAGCAAAUGUCGGCACGUGCACUGUGAGAACUCCUGGAGCGUCGUUGGCUGGAGGAGAUUCGCCUGGCUGUUGGCUGUUGUGUGCCUGCUGACGCGGCCCGUCAUGCCGGAAGUUAUUUAUCGAGUUGAUCCUUUGGCUCUGCUGGCGGCCACCUUGCGGACGUACCAGCGUGCCGGAUGCGAUUCAGAGCAGCUGUCACUCAGCUGUCCACGUGGUACUAGCAUUUCCAUAGAACUCGCCCAGUACGGACGGGCGGGAGAUUUAUCCGACCACAGCUUGUGUCCGCCAGUGUCGCAGGAGGACCUCACCACGACCGGAAGUGCCGGCGAUGCUGUCAUCCACAGCGGCACCGAAAUCGAAGUCAAACCGCCGGAAACGUGUACCGUAAGCGGAUUACAGUACGCUCUGCUGCAGACUGUCGUGGAUGCCUGCCAAAAGAAGCGACAUUGCAAGUUCGCUGCGAAUUCCAAAACCCACACAACUGGAGAUCCUUGCUCGGGCAUACGAAAAUUCGUGGAGAUUGCCUACAAAUGCCGUCCAUACGAAUUCCGGAGCAAGUUGGCCUGCGAGAACGACAACAUGCCACUGAUGUGCAACCCUUACUCCCGCAUCGCCAUCUACAGCGCCUCCUUUGGCCACACCGAGAAGGAGAGUGUGCAGUGCGGCAAUCCAGGACAGACACCAGCUGGCAGCGUCCUAAUAAACCGCGAGGAUGCAGCACAGCCCACCUGUUUGGUGUCCUAUGCCACAGAGACUGUCAUGCAGAUCUGCCAUGGGCGACGACGCUGCUCGGUGACCGCAGAUGCCGGCACCUUUGGACGCCCCUGCAAGAACGAUGUGCGCAUGUACCUCAAGGUGGUCUACACCUGCAUUCCUCGCAAGGUGCUCAAGGAUCGCUACGAGACUGCUCCUGAAGCCGAUGAGCCACACCAGACGGAUCUGGAUCUCGAUCAGGAUGAACUCUACGAUGAAGAUCAGUUCUAUAAGGAGUCCGAGGCCAUUCCACCAGCUCCCAAGCUGCAAGGCGCCAACAGCGGACGACCCUUUGACUUCGAUCACAGCCCCGCGGGAGAGGAAUCCACAAGCACUUUACUCCCACCUUUGCUGUCCCGCAAUGAGGGUUCGCUAGAGGAGCGACUACAGUCAUCUCUACGAUUGUUAGACCGCAUAAAAGAGUCGUUCAGGCAGCCGUUAGAUGCUGAAGCAACAACAUUGGCCAAUGACUACAUAAGCACAACAACAACAGAAGAAGAUAAUGGUGAAGAAGACAUCCAAACAGAUACAAACACAGAGACAGUUACUGAUGAUGCUAAUAGCGAGGAGACUCGUUAUGAGGAUGGCAACUACUUCAAUCGUCGCAAGUGUCAGAUGCUUGAUGAUUGGGGGCCAAUAGGUCUCAACUGCACCGACGAGGACAUUGUCACAGAACGUGUCGAAGUGGUUGGUUUCUUGGCAAAUUGGCUGAACACCUAUCUCUAUAUUCGAAAGCAUCAGGAACAGUUUUACCUCUACCUCAUCAUAUCGGUGACAGCCGGCGUUCUGCUUUGUCUCACCAUUGUGAUUGGUCGGCUCACUUUGCAAAAGCGAGGAGGACGCAAGAAGCGAAGCUCCAGUGUCAGCAACGUGGCUAAGAACUUUGGCGACUCGCAAAUUGACAGCUCAGGCCCAGGAGGAGUUGGAGGCGGAACAGGCAGCAAUUUCCAACAGCUGGCAACAGGUGAAACGCAUCUGGCGGACUCCUUCGGUGAUGACAUCUCCGACAUCGAUGUCGAUGUGGAUCUAACAGCUCCCAUGCCGCUGUCCAGCUUAUCAUCGCGUAACGAGGCAUCGUACAUGACAUACGCACCGACACCCAACUACGCUGGCUUGCAGGGCGCCCAGCUGCAUCAUCCCUCGGCAUCGUCCUCGACGGCAACCAGCGUCCUGAUGCAGCCACCGACGCAGGGCAAUAUUUAUACGAGCAUGGGACAUCCUGCUGUGAGUGGAGCCAUGACUAUUGGUCCACACAUGCUGGGUCCCUCUGGCAUGGGAGGCGUCUCGCCCGCCUACAUAAGUGGCACGAUUAUGGUGCCAGGACAUCAGCACACUCACGGCACGCUGAGGCGAACGCUGAUACCGACGAGCAUGGGACUGAUGAGCUCGCCGUCGCCUCCGCCGGCGGGCAUGGGCAUGGGAAUGGGGGGAAUGGGAGCAAUGCCAGCGCAUUCGAUGGCCUCGACAGGUGGCAGUGGAGGACACAGUGUUUACUAUGACAGCACGGUGCCGCGCACGCUGGCACGUGGCAUGUCGACGGAGAGCAGCGGACAGUACUUCUAUGGAUGACACUCGCUUAACCGCAAGGCCUC